CAGUCUGCUCACCUACUCAUCUGCUAGCAAUCAUGGCGGACGCCGCGGAGCAGGCAAAGAACGAUGCGCAGGUAUGUCAGAGCCAUCCCACACUUCCCACCGCGCGCACCGCCGAUGGAAUGCACUCGGCUUCCAUUGAGCAGUCUUGGUCGCCUUACAGCGCCACGAUGAGCCACCAAUCUUGACCACAGCAUGAGCUCACCUUCGAGUCGGCCGACGCCGGCGCGUCCACGACCUACCCGAUGCAGUGCUCGGCCCUGCGCAAGAACGGCUUCGUCGUGAUCAAGAACCGCCCGUGCAAGAUCGUCGACAUGUCCACCUCCAAGACCGGCAAGCACGGUCACGCCAAGGUCCACUUGGUCGCCAUCGACAUCUUCACCGGCAAGAAGUUGGAAGAUCUCUCUCCAUCCACCCACAACAUGGACGUUCCGAACGUCAGGCGUCAGGAAUACCAGCUUCUUGACAUCACCGACGAUGGAUUCCUCUCGCUCAUGACUGAGGGUGGUGAGACGAAGGAUGACGUUAAGGUCCCGGACGAUGAGGUUGGAAGCAAGAUUAAGAAGUUGUUCACGGAGGAUGGCAAGGACACCAACGUCAUUGUCCUCACUGCCAUGGGUGAGGAAGCCGCCAUCGACGCCAAGGAGGCGCCGAAGGGUUAGACGUACUUCGACUAUGCUUCAUCAUGCGAUGCGACCUCGAGUGUAGCACGCGUCCAAGAGGUGGCAGCACCUCACGAGCAAGAUGGAUAAACGAACGGAGAGGAGUGGGUUUACAGCGUGAUGUGCAUUUGCGUAGGCUACGGCCUGAGCGCGCAAAAAGGUUAGGUUGGCGUCCAUCUUGUUGAUCCGCUUGUUGCGAGCUUCGUCAACAGUAUGUACGCACUGCAUGUUAGUCACAAUAUGUGGUGCUCAUGUAACGAAUCAAGUCGUUGUCACAGUUACUCUACCUUC